AUGUCCUCGUAUCAUCUUAGCACCCGGGAGCGGUUAUUGGCCAUCGUAAACGAUAUCGAAAUCGUUGCCAAGGAGCUGAUUGAAAACACAAUCGCACCGAAGGCGCAGAAAAUGUCCAGCGCCGAUCAUGCACAGCUAGUGGAGUUGCUCGUUUUAAAGGAUAAAGAAUUGAAAUCCACACUACAGUUGGCGGCAGAACAAGCUGGAAUUGAAAAAAACAUGGAUGCAUUACGUGAUCAAGUGCGGAAACAGGAUGAGGAGAUAAACCAGCUUCAAAAGCAGCUGAAAGAAGCGGAACAAAUACUGGCUACUUCGAUAUUCCAAGCCCGACAAAAGCUAGGCAGUAUUGCAAAAGCCAAUAAAAGGCCCGUCGCUUCUGAGGAGCUCAUCAAAUUUGCCCAUCGCAUCAGUGCGUCACACGCGAUAUGUGCUCCGCUUACCUGGCAGCAGGGCGAUCUCCGCCGGCCAUAUCCAACAGACAUCGAAAUGCGACUUGGCUUACUGGGAAAGUCGGACCUCAACAUCAACGGGCAUAAUCUGCAGCAUCCCAACAGUCUGAACGAGAUGCAUAGGAACGCAUCUGCGGUAUCGGGGACAGCUACCGGUGGGGCCGGUGCUGGCGGUGAAAUUCCGGCUUCCGCUCAAAAUCAAUUCGCGUGGCAUCCCUCGGGAGAGUUACACAUGUCCAUGGGUGCUGGAGGCGGAUCCGUAUCGCUGGAUACACGGGCUCAUAAGGAUGCAUCACAGGAUGAUGUGGAAGUAAUGUCCACGGAAAGUUCCAGCUCUAGCUCAAGCGAUUCGCAAUGAGCACAUAUAUCGUGGUGAUUCUCUAGGAUUAAGCAUCUGCCGAAUAAUGUUAACUACGU